AUGGUUCUGAUCAAAGGCUUCCUCUCGCGACCCCGACCUGAGGGCUCGGUCCUCGACCUCCCCGUUGACCAGUACGAUCCCGCCACCCACCUCCCCGGACGUAUCCAGGUCGGGUCCUAUUCCGUGAAACCCCUCGUCCGGAUAUCUGAUGUGCGGGACCACCUGACGAUAAUGGCGGCAUUUGCGAGCAUCUCGCUCCGCGAAGGAGUCAACUUUGGGCGGUUUGCGAGCCACGCAGCGCAAGAAUACGAGUUCUGGGCACUCUCGGUCCUCCCCCAUCGCAGGAAGAUGCGAAACAGCGGCAGUGGGGGGAGCUAUCACUCACUCCCUUCAUUGAGUCCGGAUCCGUCGCCAGUCAUGAGCCGGAGAAGUAGCGGGCGGAAACCAAUGCCACCAGCCCUAUCAAUAGUAGGGGCGAUGGAUGCCGGAAGGUCCAAUUCCGAGCCAGCGACAGGAGCACUCAAGCUCCAUAUUCCAGUCGAGACACUCGUCCAGUCGCCUGGAGCCAUGUCUCCGUCAUCCAGCGUUUCAUCACUGCCUUCGCCGACGGAGCACCCCCCACGCAGGAGGAUGCUGGCGACGUCCGAGAUCCCGACGAUGGCGGUGCUUAUGGCGUGGCACGCACAUCUCCUCUAUCCGGCACGCUAUGCCUCCGACACAGCAGAGGGACAAACCUACGCGUCUCUUGCAGAUGUCAUCUUCCCCCUCGCCGACGUGGCUGCUGCCAUCCGGAAUGGAAAUGUCCCAACGUCGCUAGAACGGGCACCCGAACUCCGCUCUCACAGUAUCUCGGGAUGGCGCGUUCCCGAUAUCGCCGUCGCUGUUCAACAACAAGCCGGAGUCGUGCAUGUCGUCCGCGAGCUGGGAUGGCUGGAUCCCUCCUUCAUUACUGGGCCUAUCGCGCCGCUGCAGCGCGCGAUUGUACGUUAUCACGCCUGGCUCGACUUGUUUUCCGCAACCCACGCGACCCGGCUUAGACCCACAAUUGAUAUCGAGUUGGUUUGGCGGACCCACCAACUGCGAGGAGGGGCAUAUCGCUCCGAAACGGACAAGUUGCUUGGCCACCCCCUCGACCAGGCGGAACGGGGGGACGACGAGCUCCUCCGCCGUACGGGCAGCCUCUGGUCUAAGCGAUUCGGGCACGGUUACGUCGAGGCGCCCAAGACGAGGGGGAUGCUUCAUCCCGGCCUGCGGAUGCCUGCUCGGAGAAGUACGAUGUGA